UCGGUACACGGGCUCUUUCAAAGCUGAGCCAAAGCAGUGGGCCUACAGAAGUCAAUGACGACAGUGUAAUCCUUCUUCAACCACCAGUUGAGGCUAAGCAAUGAACAGCUAAGAUCAUCGGGAGGUUUUUUGACGUCGUCUUCCAUAGUUUCCGAAUCCCGUAAUGGUGAUGAUAAGUUGGUUUAAGCCAGCUUGCUGAACAAUUGUGUUUUUGUUUCACAUCUCUCAUCCAGGCUCAUCUUACAGCACCGGCGACUGUGGCCCCCGUGUGUUUCAACACAUUUCCAGGCGUCUCAGACUCUAGAUCGCAGCCACAGAACAACAACAACAACUCGCAUUCAAACGACACACACAGAUAAAGGGCAGCCCAAGAUGGCGGUUGUACACGUCCUCGACGACUACUAUCUAGCCAUCACGGCUCUCAUCACAGUAGCAUACCAACUAUUCUUCUUUUCAAUAGCCUUUAGCUUCAAGUUUGACAAGCUCACCGACUUCGCCGGCGGCACAAACUUCGUCGUCCUCGCCAUAAUCACCCUCGCCAUCAGCGGCCACAACCAUGCCCGCCAAAUCGUCGCCUCCAUCUUCAUCAUGCUCUGGGGCGCCCGCCUCUCGGCAUUCCUCCUCUUCCGCAUCCUCAAGACGGGCAAGGACGACCGCUUUGACGACAAGCGCGACAAGUUCUUUCCCUUUCUCGGCUUCUGGAUCUUCCAGAUGAUCUGGGUCUGGACCGUCUCCCUGCCCGUCACCGUCCUCAACUCGCCCAACGUCACGCGCUACCCGCAGCACGACUUUGGUACCGGUCGCGACAUUGUCGGCGUCAUCUUCUUCGUCGUCGGCUUCGUCAUGGAGUCGGUAAGCGACGCGCAAAAGUACGUCUUCCGCAGGGACAACCCGAGCCGCGAGGCCAUUUGCGACAAGGGCUUCUUCAAGCUCUCGAGGCACCCCAAUUAUUUCGGCGAAAUCAUUAUUCAGUUCGGCAUCUACAUGAUCGCCGUCUCGGCAGCCGCCGACGGCUACGUGGGCGGCCAAGCCUUCAAGGCCCUCUACGCCACCAUCCUCGGCCCCUUCUUCCUGACGCUGCUCCUCAUGUUCGUCUCGGGCCUCACCCUUCAGGAGCGUCCCGGCGCCAAGAAGCGCUACGAGAAGAACCAGAACUGGGAGGGCUACAAGCGCUACCUCGAACGCACCAGCAUCCUCAUCCCCUUCCCGCCGCAGCUGUACGCCCGCAUGCCGACGUUUCUCAAGCGCACCGUCUUCCUCGAGUUCCCCAUGUACGUCUUCGACCCGGCCAAGCACUCCGACGCCGGGGCGCGCGCCGAGGAGGGCCAGCAGCACCACCAGCAUGAGUCUGUUGCCAAGCCCGCGCACGGGAAUGGGAGGCCGAGUGGUGAGGAGUCUCUCGUUGGACAGCGUUCGUGAGCUGUGCGAAUGCCGAGGAAUUAAUCUGGGGAGAGAGCAGGCAUAUUUAUGGUAUUCGAUUUCUCAUGUUUUGACGGCAUUACGGCUUAGAUGACUCUUUUUCAUAGUGUUCAAUUUUUGGGGAUAUCAUAGAACCGACUAAUACUACCUUCACCACCCCCA